CCGAAAUUAAGCGUCGGGGUUUUUUUGUUUGUUUGUUUGGGUUUUUUUUUAAUCCUCUGCUAUUCGACCUUGGAAGUCUGCGAGUCUGAAAGUGUCUCGAAAAGCUUUUAACAUGCGAAAAGUAAAGUAUAUAUUCAAAACAAAAAUAACUAAACAACAAUAAUAAUAAAUCACCAAGAGUAGUAAUAGUAUCCAGUAUCCAGCUAUUGUACCAUGUCUUUAGAGGAAUUGUUUACUGCCAUCGCUGAGGAAAAGUCCGUGUCCAAUGAGUCGUGGGAGCUCCAGAGCUCUCCGGACGCGCCCGAAACCUCGCUGUGGCGCGCGGGAGUCGCGAUCGCAAUCGCGUACGCACUGAUCAUUGUAGUGGGUCUUGUUGGCAAUUUGACGCUCAUUCGCACAUUCUGCGCCGUCAAGUCCAUGCGCAACGUCCCCAACUUAUUCCUGUGCAGCCUUGCAUUCGGCGAUGUGCUGCUGCUUGUUACGUGCGCGCCCGUGGAUGCCAGUCGGUACCUGGCCGACGAAUGGCUCUUUGGAAGAACAGGAUGCAAACUGAUACCGUUUAUCCAACUCACGUCUGUUGGCGUGUCGGUAUUCACCCUCACCGCUCUGGCAGCUGAUAGAUAUAAAGCCAUUGUAAAACCCAUGGACAUCCCAACGUCCCACUCUACAGCUAAGAUCUGUUUGAAAGCUUGUGCUAUUUGGCUUUUGUCCAUGGCUCUGGCCAUCCCCGAAGCCAUUUUCUCUGACCUGCGUACCUUUCACAUCACACAGACCAAUGAAACCUUUAAAACAUGUGCGCCAUAUCCUCACACAGGAGACCUGCACCCCAAAAUCCACUCCAUGGCCUCAUUUCUUAUAUUGUAUGUAAUCCCCCUUUUCAUUAUUUCUGUGUAUUACUUCUUCAUCGCCAGGAGCCUGAUUAAGAGCACAGUUAAUUUACCAGUCGAGGGGAAGAUUUCCAUUAGGAAACAGAUGGAGUCAAGGAAGCGGCUGGCUAAAAUGGUGUUGGUGUUCGUGGGCCUCUUUGCUAUCUGCUGGCUCCCAAGCCAUGUCAUCUACCUGUAUCGCUCCUACCACUACUCUGAAGUGGACCCAUCCAUGUUGCACUUUGUCACUAGUGUGGCUGCUCGCAUCCUGGCAUUCAGCAACUCGUGCAUCAACCCGUUCGCUCUCUACCUGCUGAGCAAGAGUUUCCAGAAGCAGUUCAAUAAGCAUAUCUGCUGCUGCUGCCCUCCUCUGCCCCUGCACAUACAAAGUACAGUGCGUGGCAACACGUGCAUGAGCUCACUCAAAAGCACGCAGAAUCACACCAUUGCUAGCUUCAGUCUCAUCAAUGGCAAUCAUGGCUGCCAUGAGGGCUCUGUGUGAGUGUGCUUUUUGAACAGCUUCAGUCAUUUUUCUUGUUUUUCAGUGUUCAUGAAAGGUCAGUGUUCUUGUUGCUUGCUACUUUACUGUGUUAUUUCACUGAAUAUGUGUUGUGCUUCACAUUCUACACUGGUCAAAAAGACAACAAGCAAGGUAGUGAAAGCUCUUCAGCCCACAUUUUCACCACACAGGGUUUGAGCAUUGUUUUCUUGAAUCAUCGCUGGUGUUUUAUGAAUCUACGCUACUCAGUGCUGGAUUUACUUUGGAAGAACUUCACAUCUGCUCUAUUAUACACAGCAGAACGUGCAGUCGGUAGAAUAGUUUCCAUCUAUGGUCCUGCAGUAGAUGCUAAUUAAUGGUUGAGGUGUUUACAUUCAGUGUUUGUGUAAUGCUUCGAAAGUUUUAAACAUUCCUAUUAUUUUAGAUGUUGAUAUUGAUGUCUUGGUGUGUAAAUGAACCAUAUUAUGUUAAUGAAGCAAACAUAAGCUUGUUAUUUUGAUUGUCCGUGUAAAUUAAUGCUGUAAAUUAUUCUGUACGGUAAAACUGUAUACAUGUGCGCUACUACAAAAUGGUAUCUUUUCCAGGGUUUGUACAGAUUUCAGAUUUAUGUUUAGGCGACAAGCCGUGCUCAGAGUAUAAUCUGAUAAAGGUGUAGCUACCUGCUUCUCUCAAUUUCAGCAGUAAUCGGUCACAGCAUUGGUGCCUGAGCUGUAUCUGUUCCUGUGUCCUCAAAGCAGAGGUUCAACCAUUAAUGUUUGUGUUUGAGUGAGUUUUCUGUAGGUGCAGACAGAGCCAAUUGCUCAUUUUGUGGCUUCAAGGUUACACUCAAAUAGAACAAAAAAAAGGGGGGGGGGGGGGUGUAAAAUUUAUACAGCUAAACAUAUAUGUUGUUCUUCCUGGCUCUGUGACCUUGUAUCAGUAUAAAGAAUAUUGCAA